AUACACAAAGAGUCAUCAUUUUACUGUGUAGGAAACGCUCAAGUUGAAUGAUUGACAAAUUCUUGUUUGUUUUAAGUUCAGUUUUGUUGAAUAAUGUCAGGAAACGAGGAAGAUCCCGUUGAGGCUAUGCUGAAAAAGACCGGCUGUAUUGAUCUUCACUACAAAGUUCAGGAGUGCAUCGCCGAGCAGCAAGAUUGGCGCAAGUGUCAGGAUUGUGUGCAAGAGUUCAAGGCAUGCAUGAGCAAGUACACAGAGGAGCAACGCAAUAAGUAUGCUGCUAAGAAUCUUCAACCCUAAGCAACCCGCCGUGCCAAAAGCCCUCAAGAUGGUCCUGAUCGUGAGGACGGACUUGAAAUUGUCCAAAGGAAAGACGGCCAGUCAAUGCGCCCAUGCGGCAGUCAUGUGCUA